AUGGCUCUCGAACCACCAGCGACGCAUUCUAUCACCCAUGCUGAGCAAAUAAAAGCCUACAAAGCCAGGGGCGCCAAACUAGAGCGACGACCUCUUAACCAGGGGCAGCGAAACCGCUUGGGGAUCCCACUGGCUCUCGUAGGGCACACUGCAGUCGUUACUGUGGCGAUUCAGCCUUUUCAAGAUGAUGAAUAUCCUGGCUGCAUCUUUUUCGCGGUCUUCGUCGAGCAGAUAAACACUUGCAUCUUUGGGAAAGACGUGCAGGAGUUGAUAUCAGAGAGAGUGGGCAAGAUCCUUCGCCACUUCUAUUCACAGGUGACGGUUGAUGUUGCGAAAGCACUUGGAAAAGCUAGAAUCCGCCCAAACACCUCAUGCCCUUGUUUAAGCUCCCCAGGCUCACAGGUCAGCAUCGAUCCCAAGAUCCUCGUUGCAACACAACAUGCGCAAAGGCUCAUCCUGUCAAUGAAACGCGGUCUUGAAGAACUGAGGAAAUACUCCGCAGAUGGAGGCAUCCUGCCGGAUUAUGUCUCUGGGACAGUGUCUACCCGAUCAGUCGAGCCAUCUGACAGAGGACGUUCUACUGGCUUGUCUUACGAGGACUAUCGACAAUUAUUCGAGGAUCAGGCCGCAGAGUAUUCGGCUGAAGGAGCAAAAUGGCAAUUUCUUGCGUGGUGUUCGUAUUUCAGCGCUGGCACUAUUGACUCUAUCGCGCAUCUUCUUCCUAUGAGGAGCGCUGCUGAGUCCAUUCCUGUCACAGACGACAAACGCACCGCGAAGACAACACGUAAGCGCCGCCGACAUUGGACACUCAUUAUCAAUUCCAUAGUCUACGGUCUUCCAAGUCGGCCACUUUCGGCAUAUGUCGCACUGGGAGUGCAGGGCUACUAUAUUUCGGCCCACGAGAAUUUGACCAGGGCACAGUGCAAUAUCAUUGCAUGGACGGUGGUACAGGAGAUGAAGCAAGAAGAUUGGGCCAUCCAGGCCGAGAAGGUAUCCCUGUACGACCCAGUACACUGUAUAAGCGCUUGUACGCAAGUGGAGUAA